GCAAAGACAGAGGAGGCAGCAGCACUGGGCAACUUGGGACGGAGUUUGCCUUGCCCAUCAACAAGUGCUUCCUUUCCAACGGACGGGGCGUCGCUGUGGAGCAUCACUCCAAGGGCACUCAAGUUGGGACCUCCAUCCAGGUGGUUGUGGACCCCAGAGAAACAUCCACCAUUACCUCCAAAAGCGAAGACGAUUUCUUAACCCUGGCCGCCUCCAGGCUGAGCCGCAAAAAAAGGGUCAUCGGGGCCGCCAUUGGGGUGGCCAUGGUUUUGGUUCUCCUGGUGGCUAUCCCCUUGCUGGUGCACAGCUCCAAAACUACCUCCCACUAUGAGAUGCUGGGCAGCUGCCGUAUGGUGUGCGACCCCUACACGCCUCAAACCCAUGGGGCGGCUUCGGCAGAGGCAAGCCAGGAGUUAGCCGUGAUCUCACCACCUCCAUACAUCUCUGGAGGGAAAGGAGACCCAGGCAGGAAGGGCAAGUCUGGAAUCCGUGGGCUGCCAGGCCCUCCGGGGCCACCUGGACCCAGAGGUCCAGCUGGAGAGCCAGGGAGGCCAGGCCCACCAGGCCCACCUGGUCCGGGGCCAGGGGGUUACAUCCCAUCCUUCUACAGCCCUAAGAUCGCCUUUUAUGCAGGACUGAAGAAACCACAUGAAGGGUAUGAGAUCCUGCGCUUUGAUGACGUAGUGACCAAUGUGGGGAACUACUAUGAACCAUCCAGUGGCAAGUUCACCUGCCCUCUACCUGGCAUCUACUUCUUCACCUACCAUGUACUUAUGCGUGGUGGCGAUGGCACCAGCAUGUGGGCUGACCUGAUGAAAAAUGGGCAGGUCCGGGCCAGCGCCAUCGCACAGGAUGCUGACCAGAACUAUGACUAUGCCAGCAACAGCGUGAUCCUGCACCUGGAUGUGGGUGACGAAGUCUUCAUCAAGCUGGAUGGAGGGAAGGUGCACGGGGGCAACACCAACAAGUACAGCACCUUCUCUGGGUUCAUCAUCUAUCCGGAUUGAGUCCUCCUGGCUCCUGUUUUCUCCCCUCUUUUGCCUACCCGAACCCCCUUCCCCCCCCCUCUGGGUCAGCUUUUAUUCUCCUUGGCUUUACCACCUCCC